GCGGUCUCUUAGGAAGCCAUGCCCUCAGUGAUGGAGCGCUCCGGGGCCGGCGUCCUAUCCAGGAGCCGAGCCAAGACCGUAACCAAUGGCAAUAGCCAGCCACAUUCCGAGGAGGAGAGCAGCGAUGAGGAGCACGCUCACGACAGCAUGAUUCGAGUGGGAGGAGACUACCAGGCCCAGAUCCCAGAGUUUAAACCAGAUAGCCCGGCGCGUUACGAUGAGAAGGACCAAAGGAGCAUGUUGGUCUGGUGUCCCAACGGACAGCUCUCGGAUGCAAUGCUGGAUGAAUACAUCCUGAUGGCGAAAGAAAAACACGGCUACAACAUGGAACAGGCGCUCGGCAUGUUGCUGUGGCACAAGCACGACGUGGAGCGCUCGCUGGCCGACUUGGCCAACUUUACGCCAUUCCCCGACGAGUGGACGGUGGAGGACAAAGUUCUGUUCGAGCAGGCCUUCAGCUUCCACGGGAAGAGCUUCCACCGCAUUCAGCAGAUGCUUCCAGAUAAGCUGAUAUCUAGCCUGGUGAAGUACUAUUACGGCUGGAAGAAGACGAGAACCAGAACCUCUGUCAUGGAUCGCCAGGCCAGGAGGCUGGUCAGCAAGAGAGAGAAAGAGGAUAGCAAUGAUGAGCUGGAGGAAGGAGAACCCGGCAGCGACAGUGACUUUGAGCUCGACGCCAAGAAGGAGGCAGCUAAACAGAACGCCAACAACACCACCUCGGACAAAGUCAUACCCGGUCGCUCCGGCCCGAUCAAGAAGGAAAACGUCGGGGCUCAGUAUCGCCACCACCCUCUCCGGGCGCGUCGCCGGCCGCCUAAGGGGAUGCACCUGGAGCAGGCCGACAUCACGUCUCUGUCCGCCUCGCAAGACUCCGGUGUGCUGACCAUAAGACAGCUGGACACGCAGCUGGUAUCACUCAAGCGACAGGUCCAAAGUAUUAAACAGAGCAACAGCAGUUUGAAACUGAGUCUCAAUGAAGGUGUUGACAGUUUCAGACCUAUUGAGCCCAACUCCAAGAUGAAUGCUCGUUGGACAACUGAGGAGCAAUUGCUAGCUGUGCAAGCAAUCCGCCGGUACGGCAAAGACUUCACAGCCAUCGCCGAAGUGAUUGGAAACAAGACGUCAGCUCAGGUGAGCUCGUUCUUCGUGAGCUACCGCCGCAGGUUCAACCUGGACGAAGUGCUGAGGGAGUGGGCCGCCGAGCAAGUGGCUACCCGGGACCUGAGGCGGAGCGGCGAUGAGAUGGUGGCCAUGAGUGAAGGAAGAGCAGAGGAGGAAGAGGUCAAGAUGGAAGACUCUUCUUCAGACGCCACCGGAAGCUCCUCGCCCCACUCCUCCAACCAGACGCCCUCGUCUCUCUCGCAGCCUCCCCCGCUGCUGCGCCCGGCGCCGCCCUCAGCCCCGCCGAGCCUACUGCGCCAGCCCCCGCCGCUGCAGACCCGUCCGCUGCAAAACCGGGCCCCUCACAACCACCCGCCGCCGCCCCUGAUUCGGCCCGCCGUCACCUCGUCCUCCGGAAGCCUGCGGGCUUCUCCACCCAGCUCCUCGCCCUCCGUCGCCAUGCAGGUGCCGCCGUCGCUGGUGGGCAUCAAAGUGGAACAGGCCAACUCUCACUAG